CAACAAGCAUCUUUGAAUAACACACACAAUUUAUUUUAAUUGAAAAGUGCAUAAUAAAAAUAAAAAUUUUAAAGACUAAUUUAUUGAUAAAUUGUAAAAUUUUAGGAUUAAAUUAUAUUAUUUAUAGGAAAACUGUUUGCGCCCACUCUUCCCACUAUUGGAACUAAGAACGUGUUGUUUUAGUGGUGAUCAUUGUUCCAGCACGACGUGUGAAUCACAUCAAUAUUUUUUGGUUUGUGCCCGAUUUUUCUUUCAUUUAAAAACACAAUGGUUUUGGCGGAACGUAAUUCAGAAUUAGUACGUAAUGGCAGACGUUCGCGUGGUCCCAGCCCUAAUGGACAUGGCGCAAGUUCGGGUAGUGCCAGUGGCACUGCUGGUGCUCCCGGUGGCACUGGCACUCCCGAAACAAGUUCAGAUGAUGAUAAUUCCAUCAAACGUAAUGGCAAAUCAAAAGCUAAACAAAGUGAAUAUGAAGAAAAAAUCCGCGUUGGUCGUGACUAUCAGGCAGUGUGUCCACCUUUAAUAGCUGAACCGGAUCGAAAACCCGAAGUCCUAAAUGAUCGUGCAUUGCUUGUUUGGUCGCCCACUAAAGAUAUUCCUGAUACCAAACUUGAGGAAUACAUAUCAGUUGCCAAAGAGAAAUAUGGUUACAAUGGUGAACAGGCGCUGGGUAUGUUGUUUUGGCACAAACAUGAUUUAGAAAGAGCUGUAAUGGAUUUGGCAAACUUUACACCAUUUCCCGAUGAAUGGACUGUCGAAGAUAAAGUACUUUUUGAGCAAGCAUUUCAGUUUCAUGGCAAAAGUUUCAAUCGUAUACGUCAAAUGUUACCCGAUAAAUCAAUAGCCAGCUUGGUUAAAUAUUACUAUUCAUGGAAAAAGACAAGACAUCGUCAAAGUGUUAUGGAUCGUCAGGAGAAAAUAAAAGCCAACAAAGAGGGUGGUUCUUCAGAAAACGGUAGCGACAAUGGCAGCAAUGAAGAAUCCGACAAUGAUGAUAAGGAACAAACAUUGUCAUCAUUACAAGCAGUAAAUUUAAUUGAUCAAACAAACGAUGGUGCCGCCGCCAAUUAUAAUAUGGCUGGCCACAGUGGUGAAGGUGGCAUCGAACACGAAUCGAAUCACAUUUCAAACAAUAUUGCCAAUAAAUCCCAACUGCUCUCUAUAAAUCCGUCCCACAUGAAUAACGAUUCCAUUAACUCGAAUGGCAUACAAAAUGUCACCAAUACAAAUAAUACAUCGUCUAUGACUUCCAACUCCUCCUCCUCUACCAGUGCCGCCGGCUAUUGUUCGAAUUGUGGUGUGGCCUGUAAUAUAUUGAAUAAUUCGCCACACGGUAAACUUUGUUCCAGUUGCCAUCAUCAUUGGAGACGCACUGGCAAUAAACGUCCCACUUCGGGUCCGUAUUUUAGCAAAAGAUCUCGUGACCGCAAUGCUGAACGCCAUAAACGCAAGCCGCCACGUGGCAUGUACAUUAAUCAUGAUGAUAUUGUGGCUCUGGCCAGUGCAAAUGAUAAUCAAGAUGAGUUACUGGCAAAUAUUGAUCGUGAAAUUGUCUCCCUAUUAAGUCAAGUACAGUUGAAUAAGCAAAAUAUCUCCGCAUUAAAACGUAAAAACUCUGAUAAUUUGGAAGAGAUACGUCCAAAUGAAAUUACAAAUCGCAUUAAUGCACGAUGGACUAAUGAUGAAAUUUUAUUAGCUGUACAGGGAGUACGAAAGUAUGGAAAAGAUUUUCAAGCAAUUGCUGAAACUCUGGGCACCAAAACAGAAGCACAUGUAAAAACAUUUUAUGUAAAUUAUCGUCGUCGCUAUAAUCUAGAUCAAAUCAUUAAGAAAUUUGAGGCCGAAAAAGAAGUUAAUGCUCCAGCCACAUCGGCUAAUACUACCUCAUCGUCAUCAUCAUUAUCUCUGAAUGCCGCCAAUAGUACCUCCACAAAUGCUGAGCCAAUAAUUGUUGGAAGUGGUGGUGGGGGCGUCAGCAGCAAUUGCAGUGUAAAAAAAUAUGACUCAGUCACAGCCAGUACCAGCAGCAGUAGCACUCUAUUAAAAAAGAAAGAAAUCGUACCUAAUAGUGUUAAUGAAGAAUCGGAUAAUACAACAUCGAGUGAAACUGCUAUUUCUAAAUCAACGAUUUCCACAAUCACCACUACCACUGAUGAGCGUAAAAGUGAAAGCAGUUUGAGUGGCUUAAUCCCUAUAAAAGAUAAUAUUAUAUUGGAGAUCGAUUUAGAUGCUGAACCAACGGAGAUACAACCACCUUCAGCUAAAAGGAUUGCCUUGAGUGUUUCAAAUCAGGAUUUUCCUAAAUCAAGUCCUGCUUAAAAUAGAAACCCUCGAAUGCAGAUUAUACUCUUACAUUUAAUAUACAUACAUACAUAAAUACAUAUAAUUUAAUAUUAUACAUACAUAUUAUAAAUUUUACGAUAAGAAGAAAAAAUGUUUAAUACUUUGAAAAACUAAAUGAAAAUAUUGCUGGUUCAAGACAACAACAAAAUUAAAUAUUUCAGAUAAAAAAACCCCUACACAUACGCAAAACUAUUGAAACAAAUAUUUGCACUAUUCAACAUAAAUUGUUUAUUUAAAUUGUUUGCCAAAUGCAGAUGAUGUUUAUAUUAAAUUUUUUAAAAAAAAAACAACAACAACACCAACAAACACAAACACAAAAAUUAAUCAUUCUUUUAUUUUAAGCUUUUAAUUUUAUUAUGUUUAUUUUCUGUUUGUUCCGCCAGACUGGUCUAUCCGUCUGUCUCUGUACCAUUUGUUAUUUUGGUUAUAUUGAUUGGAAUUAUUAAUUAAUAACUUUGAAUUAUUUAGUUUUAUAAUAUAGUCAUUAUUUCGCUUUUUUUACUUUAAAAAUAACGUUGUGAAAAACUAUAGAAAUAAAACAAAUUUUACUUUUUAUUUUAUUUUUAUCGUACGAAAAUUAUUCUUAUAGUUGAACUUUUUUAAAAAAUAAAACAAAAAAGUUUUUUUUGAAAAAACAACUAUGUACCAUUAAUUAAUUAUAAAUCAAUCCAAAUUAAAUUUAUUAAUACCUACUAUGACUAAAUACACUGAAACUUUAUUAUUCUACUUAAAAGAUGAGAGAGAAAAAUUUAUUCUUAAGCAACAAUGAUGCUGUGUUGCUGCUUCAUUGUCAGCCACAGAUGUAUUAUAUAAAUAUAAAUAAAAAAUUUAAUACUUAUGUUGUAUACAAUAUAAAAUUUUCAAUAAAUCUAAAUUUAUUUCGUUUAAUAAAUGGUGUAUAAGAAACGCUGCUGCCAUUUCAACAACAACCACUAAA